UCUGUGCCCGGAAGUGCCCUUGUGGGCCGAGAUGAGCUGGACGUUAAGUCCCUGACACGGUGUCCCCGGCCUUGAGGGCAGCGGCCUUCCUGCUUGGGGAACUCCCUCAGCCGCCGCGUUCCCGAGCCGCCGUUGCCGCCCGGGACGAUGAUGCCGCGCCUGCUGCUGCGCGCCUGGCCCCGGGGCCCCGCGCAUGUUUUGGGAGCCUCUAGUCGGCCCAUGAGUGCCAGCUCCGGGCUCGACGAGUACCUACAGCACAGCAUCGUGCCCACCAUGCACUACCAGGAUAGCCUGCCAAGGCUGCCCAUCCCCAAACUUGAAGACACCAUGAGGCGAUACCUCAGUGCACAGAAACCUCUCCUGGAUGAUAGCCAAUUCAGGAAAACAGAGGCAUUUUGUAAGAGUUUUGAAAGUGGCAUCGGGAAGGAACUGCAUGAGCACCUGCUUGCUCAGGAUAAGCAGAAUAAGCACACCAGCUACAUCUCAGGUCCCUGGUUUGAUAUGUAUUUAACUGCUCGAGACUCCAUUGUUUUAAACUUUAAUCCAUUCAUGGCAUUCAAUCCAGAUCCGAAGUCUGAGUAUAAUGACCAGCUCACCCGGGCCACCAACAUGACUGUUUCUGCUGUCCGGUUUCUGAAGACACUUCGGGCUGGCCUUCUUGAGCCAGAAGUGUUCCACUUGAACCCUUCCAAAAGUGACACCGACGCCUUCAAGAGACUCAUACGCUUUGUUCCUUCCUCCCUGUCCUGGUAUGGAGCCUACCUGGUCAAUGCGUACCCCCUGGAUAUGUCCCAGUAUUUUCGACUUUUCAACUCAACUCGUUUACCCAAACCCAGUCGUGAUGAACUCUUUACUGAUGCCAAGGCCAGACACCUCCUGGUGCUAAGGAAAGGAAAUUUCUAUGUCUUUGAUGUCCUUGAUCGAGAUGGGAACAUUGUGAGCCCUUCAGAAAUUCAGGCACAUCUAAAGUACAUUCUCUCAGACAGCAGCCCUGUGCCCGAGUUCCCCCUGGCAUAUCUGACCAGUGAGAACCGAGAUGUCUGGGCAGAGCUCAGACAGAAGCUGGUGCAUGGUGGCAACGAGGAAACCCUGAGGAAAGUGGACUCUGCUGUCUUCUGCCUCUGCCUAGAUGACUUCCCGAUGAAGGACAUUGUCCACUUGUCCCACUCCAUGCUGCAUGGUGACGGCACAAACCGCUGGUUCGAUAAGUCCUUCAACCUCAUCGUAGCCAAGGAUGGCACUGCAGCAAUCCACUUUGAGCAUGCAUGGGGUGAUGGUGUCGCAGUGCUUAGGUUUUUCAACGAAGUGUUCAAAGACAGCACCCAGACCCCUGCCAUCUCUCCCCAGAGCCAGCCAGCCGCCAUUGACUCCUCUGUGUCUGUGCAGAAACUUAGCUUUAAGCUGAGCGAUACUUUAAAGGCUGGGAUCACCACUGCUAAGGAAAAGUUUGAUGCCACCAUGAAAACCCUCACCAUUGACUCCAUUCAGUUCCAUAGAGGUGGCAAGGAAUUCUUGAAGAAACAGAAGCUGAGUCCUGAUGCAGUGGCCCAGCUGGCCUUCCAGAUGGCAUUCCUGCGACAGUACGGCCAGACAGUGGCUACCUAUGAAUCCUGCAGCACCGCAGCCUUCAAGCAUGGCCGUACUGAGACCAUCCGCCCAGCCUCCAUCUUUACUAAGAGAUGUUCUGAGGCAUUUGUCAAGGAGCCCUCCAAGCACAGCGUGGGCGAGCUUCAGCACAUGAUGGCUGAGUGCUCCAAAUACCAUGGCCAGCUGACCAAAGAAGCAGCCAUGGGCCAAGGCUUUGACCGACACAUGUUUGCUCUACGGUAUCUGGCACUAGCCAGAGGGGUCACCCUACCUGAGCUCUACCUGGAUCCUGCAUACAAGCAGAUAAACCACAACAUCCUGUCCACGAGCACUCUAAGCAGCCCAGCAGUGAGCCUUGGUGGCUUUGCCCCUGUGGUCCCUGAUGGCUUUGGCAUUGCAUACAUUGUUCAUGACAACUGGAUAGGCUGCAACGUCUCCUCCUAUGCAGGACGCAAUGCCCGGGAGUUCCUCCACUGUGUCCAGAAGUGCCUAGAAGACAUGUUCGACACCUUAGAAGGCAAAGCCAUCAAAACUUAGCUUCUUGGUGGGUAAAAGCCUCCAUUCUUCCUCAUCAUGAACAUGGGUGUCCAUGUAGCCGGUAGGUACUAUUUUGUGCUUAACAAAACUAGUCCUGAGGUGUUUGAACAGCCGGUGCUACAGGUGUGAGCUGGAAGAUUCCAGCUGAAGACAAUGAGAGAUUCUGCUUAAAGCCCUUUUUGGAAAACUAACUCGUGUAUUUAUCGUUUAAACAGAAAUAAAGCUCUGUUGUUGCUUGGA